AAGCCGCCUAUGAUGGCGCCCAUUUCCUGCUUCCGGGUUCUUCCCGGCCUGAACAAGCCCGCCAAAUUGUCAGGUCUGCCCAGUUACCCGUGACGCUAGCCUAUCAGCUUGUUAGGCGCGCUUCUCUGUGAUUGGAUACUGCUUCCCCUUAUAAGAGGUUGUUCCUGCCCCCAACGGGCGGAAGAGGAACCAACUGAGGGUGGCGGACCUUGUCAGGUCCGGUUCGCUGUACGUAAUAAAGUUUGAGAGCUGAUCCUGCUCGAGUUUGGUCUCCUGUCUUCCGCGGCUCCGGUCAUCUGGUGGCCGCCUGUACGGGGGAAAAAGGUAAAAGACUCAGCGACGUGCCUCUUCAGCCAGGAGGUGCGAUUGCUGUCGCCUGCGGUACGAUGGAGGACCUGGCCCAAUAACAACAGAAGGCCGCGAGCGCCUCUUCUCUUCACCCUGAUCAGCUACGUGAGAUACAGCGGUUCCCGGGACAGCCCGACAGGCUUUUGAUAGAGCUCGAUCGGAAUGCUCAGAGGAGCCUGGAGCCACUGCCGAUUGUGGGUCUCCGGAGGACCCUCAGGGCUCUAAUUCUGAUUCGGAUUCGGAAGGCUCAGAAGAGGAGGUCGUCUUUGCUAAGCAUGACCCUCCUACACCGUUAAAAGGAACUUAGGGCUCGGGAAGAUAAAAAGGGGAACCAAACACCACCCUGCCCGAGCUACUCCGCCUUACGGGAGGAGCUUAAGCCCUUCCGCCCUUUGGCAAGUUCGCGACCCAUGAUCGCCCCUUUCAGGGCGCCAGGCCCCACUGCACCGCCGUGGCCGGAAGAGGAGUUGCUCCCUGGGCUGCCACCACAACCUAUGGCACCGCCCUGGUUAGAGGGAGAGCUACUUCCUGGGUUGCCUUCUGCGCCCCCAUCUGGGGAGGGAGGAGGACGUUCCUUCCACCAGAGGGUAUGGUCGCAGCUUCCCUUUGAGUGUUCCGGUCUCCAUGCAUUCCAGGUACAAGUAGGAGGCAGGGGAGGAGGAGGAUAUUAUGAGCCCUUAGAAAUUAAACAACUUAAAACUAUCAAGGACGCAGUUUCAGCUUAUGGGCCCAAUGCGCCAUUUACCAUGGCGCUUUUAGAGGCAUUGGCAGGUCUGCUUUUAACUCCUGGAGAUUGGACCCAGCUGGCACGCGCCUGCCUCUCCCCCGGACAAUAUUUAGAUUGGAAGUCCUGGAAUGAGGAAUUCUGUGUAGAGCAGGCGGCAGCCAACAGGGAAAAUAACCAGAGAGAGUGGAACAGGGAUAUGCUAUUAGGGCGAGGAGCCUUUGAGGAAGAUCAAACUCAAUACCCUCGCCAGGUUUAUGAACAAAUUAGCCGCUGUGGCCUCCAGGCCUGGAGACAGCUGGCUGGAAAGGGAGAACAUACGGGUCACCUUACAAAAAUUAUACAAGGGCAGGGAGAGCCAUUUUCAGACUUUGUGGCCCGCAUGCUUGAGGCCGCUAACAGGAUUUUUCCAGAUGCUGAGGCGGCUCACCCUCUCAUAAAACAAUUGAUUUUUGAACAGUGCACUAAGGAGUGCCGUGAUGUCCUAAGAACUAACAAAAAUAGGUCCUUAGAAGAGUGGACACGCCUGUGCCGUGAAUUGGGUGGCCACGGCCUAAUGCCCAAAGGAAGAAUAUCAUUGGCACUCUUUACCAUAAAUUUUUUAAACCUUAAUCAUAAUAAUCAUUCCCCUGCCAUGGAGCACAAUAACCCGUCCCCGGCCGACAAAGGGCUGGUGAGAUGGAAAGAUGUCCUUACAGGACAAUGGAUGGGCCCGGAUCCAGUGAUUAGCUGGACCCGAGGUGCGGUUUGUGUUUUCCCACAGGAACCAGGCUGCGAACCGCUGUGGGUCCCGGAAAGAUUGACGCGAGCAGUAAACUCCCCACCAGUUCCUGAUAAAGCACAGGAGGAUAAGCCCGCAGACACAAGUCAACUCGACCCUUCUGGGACCGACGCUCAGCGCCCGAGACCAUCUACAAACUAAAAUGUCUGGUUUGGAGUUUUUUCUAUUCUGUGGGUUCCUAUUAAUCACCCCUGUGAUAUGCUCAGAUUCCACAGAACCACCACAAUAUCUUUGGGGUCCUUGGCACCACCCGCCCACAUUGGCACCUUUCAAAUGCUUGUUAGACCGCCUUAUGCAAACCCAGCAACAGGUCAAGGUCACGGCUAUGACAGCCAUGCAAAUGGCAGCAGGUGGCCCAUCAGGCCAGCAGGCCGCCGCAUAUCUCCUUCACAUUGCGGAACAUCAGCUAUAAGAGCUGAGUGGGCAAGCCAAUGACGGGUAAGACGGGAAAAGCCCUCCCGGUCAACCUAAGACAGGCUCCACUCAGAUAUACAUGGCCUAUAAGGCCAGGGGUCCCUCCCGGAGUCAAAUUAUUGGCAUUGAGAUGCGAGACCAAGGGUACUGCAGUGCCAUCCGCCCCAAAGGUUGGGGGGAAGGCAGGAAUGAAUGUCUAUAUGCAUCCAGGUUCGGUUCACAAAAGCCUGGCCCUGCGAAAAAAUGAACCACUCACCUUGAGCAUGGUCCUGGCACAAGGAUAUGCACAAAACAGGGUGAUGCACAGCAGGGUAUAGACCUCUACAUUCUCUCAUGCCUCGGCCUACAAGGUAGGCCCACUCCUAGGUGUCUAACAGCAACAAGGUCAUAGACACCUUGGAGGGACCCACAGACCAUCCUAUUUUAAUAAAUAAAAAAGGGGGAGAUGUGGGAAGCCGCCUAUGAUGGCGCCCAUUUCCUGCUUCCGGGUUCUUCCUGGCCUGAACAAGCCCGCCAAAUUGUCAGGUCUGCCCAGUUACCCGUGACGCUAGCCUAUCAGCUUGUUAGGCGCGCUUCUCUGUGAUUGGAUACUGCUUCCCCUUAUAAGAGGUUGUUCCUGCCCCCAACGGGCGGAAGAGGAACCAACUGAGGGUGGCGGACCUUGUCAGGUCCGGUUCGCUGUACGUAAUAAAGUUUGAGAGC